GUGAAGGCAAAUCAAAAUUUUGUGUCCAAUCUUUGCUUACGACAAUCCGGAACGAAGACCCUCUAAGUAGAGAUCACAUAAAUACUGCGGUGCUGCCCGCAGAUCUCUACUUUGCAUUGAGUCGAUUUCUGGACUCGCAGAAAAAACAGCACGAUCAAAAAACAACCGUCUCGAGGCAAACCUAUACGAAGAGCGGAUCUGAUAGUUGGGAGGAAGGAGGUUACGCGGAUACAAGACACAAGCGCUUACAUAGAUAUUCAGUAAAUAUGCGUGCGAAAAAUCCUUUAGAUAAGUGUGAGCAACGGGACCGUUCCACCAGUCCGACGAAUGGCACCCAGAACGAACCCUCAGUACAAGUCCAGCCCUUGCUAGUUCCUCGGGAGUUUUGGAGCUCGGUGAGUAAUGUAUCUACUGUACAGGGAACAAGCGAUCGGCGCAGUCGUUCCCUCAGCGCGCCGGCUUCUCAAACCGGGUCCCAACGCAUUUGCCAAAGAUGCGUCGAUAAAUUUUGCACAACGGAUCCAACAAGAGCCUGUAAUUUUACGGGCUUACAGCCAACUGAGAUCUACAAACGAAAAUCGAGUCAUUCAAAUGAAGAAGGGGGAUCAUGUUCAAGGUGUCCCAAUAGGCCAAGCAAUGGUGGUUAUAUAUUAUCGAACAAUGGAUUGUCUUAUGAUUCAAUGCGACCGCAAACAUCAAAUCCGCCGGAGGACAGAGGCUUUGACCUGAGCUAUGAGAAAUGGCUGCGCCAGCAAAAGCAGCAAAAGCUGCAGCAACAACAGCAGCAGCAGCAGCAGCUGCAACAGCUGCAACAGGGUCAGUCCUAUAACUGGCCCAGGAACGAUCAAACCUAUGAAAAGUUUGAACCUACACUUAAUAGCACUAUGAAUAGCAGCAGCAGACAGCCUUGUUCACUUUCGUCCUGUGUACAUCUGCGCACACAAAAUCAGCAGCAGCAGCAGCAGCCGCAGCCGCAGCCGCAGCCGCAGCAACAACAGCAACAGCCGCAACAGAAACUGCCGCAGCAACAGCAGCUGCAGCAAUUGCCGCAGCAGCAGAAGCAACAACAUACAUGCUGCCAGCAUGCUGAUCCGAAUCAAAGUCAAGCAUAUGCCCCAGGUCUAAUUGCACGAAGGAAUCAGCGUGACGUAGCCGAAGCUUAUGAUACUACGGAAUACAUUCAAUUGCCUCAGGCGCAGCCACAGAGGUCGAAUUUUGUGAGAACUUCCGUCCAGCAACCUACUAAUGUGACAUUUUACGAUGGGAAUUCGUUGUAUUCACCUACCAAUCGCAGUCAGUCAUGUGGUCCAAUUCGUUCUGAUAGUUGGCCGAGCACAAGUCGAGGUGCGUUUUCGCCCCUCCAGAAUUCGACUCCAAAACACAUUACUAGCACUACUCAGGCGGGGCCCAGUUGCAAAUCCGAGCAAUGCAAUUCACGACAAGUACCCUUUAUCGAUGAUACAACACCUGAGCAACGAUAUAUACAGCGCACAAAUGCGCUAUUUUUCAACGCUUUGGUCAUGGAUCAGACCUGUCCGGGUAUUAUACAGAAUUCGCUUAAUGGUCGGGAAGACUUCAAUGAAUAUGCUUUCGAUAUUGCGUUUGCGGGCAAGAUACCGGAUGAGCCAUAUCCCAUCGAUCCCAUCACCAUGAUUGAGGCUAUUCAAAUAAGAAUCGACCACGAGCGCGAGGAGAUACGGAAAAAGUGUCCGUUCUAUGACACUUACCGUAGACGCCGAAGCGACUUGGAUACUGUAUCAGAAACUAGCAAUGAUGAGGGCAAAAAACCAAAACAAAAAUAUUAUUCUAGCCAAAAAAGCCAAAGGGGGGCAUCUUCGGACAAAUCAAAACACGUUUCGUCCUCUCAGAAGGGCUUGCCAUUCAGCGCGGACUACGAUAACAUCGAUCGACAUUUCUGUUCAAAGAACAUAUCUGAAGUCAAUAAUGGAGUGCUGGCCUUCCUGAAAGCCGAGCAAUCCUAUGGUUCCACGCCGCACGCACAUGACUAUUCCAAUUUUUCGGCCGAUAUCAAUUCACAUGAGUCGAACUUCUUUGGCCUGCCCAUCAAGAUGAAGAUCUACAAUGGAACGACUUGGCCUACCGAUUAACUGAUUGUCCCUUUAAGAAAUCCA